AUGGGUGGUCCAUAUGUGGAUGUUAACUGUGGCACUAUGAGUGGUCCAUAUGUGGAUGUGGACUGUGGCACUAUGGGUGGUCAUAUGUGUGUGACUGUGGCACUAUGGUGGUCCAUAUGUGAUGUGGACUGUGGCACUAUGGGUGGUCCAUAUGUGGACUGUGGCCCGUAUGUGGACUGCUGCUUCAUUCUGGGUUGUUGCUCUAUGGGUGGUCCGUAUGUGGACUGCUGCUGUAUUGUGGGUGGUCUGUGCACUAUUGGUGGUCCAGAUGUAGACUGUGGCACUAUGGGUGGUCCAGAUGUAGACUGUGGCACUAUUGGUGGUCCAGAUGUAGACUGUGGCAUUAUUGGUGGUCCAUAUGUAGACUGUGGCACUAUUGGUGGUCCAGAUGUAGACUGUGGCACUAUUGGUGGUCCAUAUGUAGACUGUGGCACUAUGGGUUGUUGCUCUAUGGGUGGUCCGUAUGUGGACUGCUGCUGUAUUGUGGGUGGUCUGUGCACUAUUGGUGGUCCAGAUGUAGACUGUGGCACUAUGGGUGGUCCAGAUGUUGGCACUAUUGGUGGUCCAGAUGUAGAUUGUGGCACUAUUGGUGGUCCAGAUGUAGACUGUGGCACUAUAGGUGGUCCAGAU